ACGAACAUUGUUAUACUCAAGCAUUGUUGUGAUAAGUUUCUUAAAAGCAGUAUUUGUAUAUGAUAGCCAAUAUGAAAUUCAAGAUUUUUCAGUUAAGUCUAAUUCUUUUAUUAAGUUGUGUGACUUUAGUUUCAACCGCUGAAGAUAACUCUGACAACGAAGCGGGUGUGGACGAUUUUUUCAGUAGUCUCUUCAGCAGUAUCUUUGGAAGUUCUAAGGAAGACUCUAAUUUAACCCAAACAAAUGAGUCAUCAUCGAACAGCAGUUUAUCAGUAAAUGGAAGUUCGGAACCCUUAAACAUAGGGACACAAAAUAUCCGAGAAUCGGGAAGUUAUCAAGGCACUACGGAAUCCGUCCCAAUACGAAAUUCCGAUACUACGGAAAAUGUUAAUUCCCAAAGUUCCGGGGUUGAAUCUGAAUUUGGUACUACCGAGACGGUGUUUGCAGAAACAACGCCAAUACACAAACAGGCUUCAGAAUCGUAUGGGAUUUUUUCAGAAACAGCGCCACCCCAACAGGUUUCUCAAUCGUAUAAUAUGUUAACAGAAACAUCGCAAGCACAAGAACAGGCUUCAGAGUCGUAUGGGUUGUUUACAGACGUAACGCCAACAGAAGAACAGGCUUCAAAAUCGUCCAUCGGAGAUUUUUUCUCCAAAUUAUUUUCGGGUGCUGAAGAGACCAGCGACAUUACGGAAACUAUCAAUAACGCUACAGCCAAUUACGCUGUACCAACAAUGAAAUCGCCUGGUGUCUGUAAAGCGAAUCCUGAUCUUAGAGACUACUGCUCUUUACCAGAAAGUCUUGGUAUAUAUCUAAAACAAAAUUACACGAUCGAUUAUUUGGAAUCUACUAUCUUUGACUGCGAUGUUAUUCGGCAACUGAAAGCCAAUUGUUUGCCGGGAGAAUGGUGCCUAUCUAAACAUAUAGUGUUCAGUUUUAUGCAAAGUUCGGACCAAUUUUUAAGCAGUCCCAUUUGUUCUUCUGGAUUACAGACUUGUUUACAAACAGCAAAUAAAGAUCAGGAAGGGUGUGCUAUUAGUAAGAAUAUUUACAACACAGAUGCAGCUGUACAAUUAUUAUGUGAAAUAGGCUCUCAGGCCGGAUUGACAUAUGAAUGUUUUGGUCGCGUGAGAGCAAUGCUCCAUGUAAACUUGGCUGAUGUUCUUCGGGGCGACAAGAUUCUAGAUGAUAGCAGUAACCCAACAGAAUGUGAAACACAGAUGGGACAGCAAAUUAAACAGUACCUAUGUUUAUUGGACCUGUGUAGUUACCAAUCUAGUUCGUUGAUGAGUUUUAAACCAUGGCAGUGGUUUUUGAAUGAUGUCGAUGGAUUUAAGUCUAUGUGUAAAUAUAAAAAUGUAUGCGGUAUUAAAGAAAGGGAGAUAACCACCACAACCUUACUUACUACAGCCCAACCAGAGAUAAACAAAAACGUGGCUGACAAUAGCAAUAUUGCUGAUGAACAGAUGAGUUCAAGCCAAGAUAAUGCAAAUACAGAGCAUGGUGUUACGCAUUCGUUUGGUGCCGGUACCAGAACAAGAAUGUUAGUUGGACUCACGGCUGCGGUUCUUGUUGCAACGUUUGGAUUGACCAUGUUGGUUUGUGCCUUAUGGAAGCGAAUCAACAGGCACAGUAAGCGGUAUCACCCAGGUUAUUCUAAACUAAUGAGUGAAGAAGCACAACCAUUAUAUCAAUGACAGUCACUGUAACACCGAUGCUAAUCGCAUGCGUGAAACAAAUAAGUUAACUAUAGGUCUAUUACGAGUAGUGUUUUGUUACGCAUGCUUAUUUACCAAAUGUCAAAAGAUUGUAUAAAAAGUUAAUCGCAUGAUACAUUACCGUGGUUUAAAGACAUCUAUCAUACAGGGGAUUGUGCAAAUUAUUCAGAUCCGCGGUUUACUAACGUGGUCAUUUUCGAACAACCAUGAUCAUACUUGCUAUUGUGCCAAUGAGUAUUAUGCCUUUGUUAUUGUGUGACAAGGCAUUUAGUAUGCCACUCGUAAACCAGUAGAGGUUCUUGCGUAUUAAGUUAACUUUACAUGUCCCAUGGUUGUUUUCUACCUACAUUGUAUAGUUUGUACAUAGAUAAAUAGUCAUAUUAUUGAUAUUAUCUUUACAUUGUUAGUUUCAAUGCGAUUUCUCGCAAUAUGUUAGUUUUUGUGGGAUUAGUCGCAAUUUUUGUUAUUUUUUAAUGGGAUUUGUCGCAAUUUGUUAAUGUUUAAUUGAACCUUUUUUCAUUCUGUUAAAAUAUUAAUGCAUUGAAGUUGGUGAAAUGAAAUGAAAUAGGGUUUAGCGUCCUAUUUUUCUGCUAUGACUGGGCACAAAAGACGGGCAUACGCCAUACAGUGUACUAUCAGGAUAAUUUAGUCCAGAUAGCGGCGCUACGGUCCACUUUCUUUUCGAAUUCCAAUUGUUUAGGGUUCUUUCAUGUGCACCCCAACAUGUAUACGCGACCCCUUUUUUCGUCCUAUUCGAGCGACUAGACGUUGUCCCUUACCAGGCUGAAGUAGAGUGGAAUGAUGUGUUCAUUAGCGACGUGGGCUGGUUCCAAAUAGUAAGACCUGUUACUCAUUUUAGAUUUAUUUUGAAAAACAAAAUCUGUUAAAGCUUAACACUGAUUUAUUUAUAGACUUACAAUGGUUAACCACGAUGAUCCGUCUUCAUUAGCUCAGUCAAUGCAGAACAGUGGGUCGUUCAAUCCCAUUUCAUGUCAUUUCGUUAACCACGACAGAUUGUCAUCACACAAAACAAAUCUUUGGUGAAAUUAGAAGUUGGAUUUUAAAAAUGUGCCCGUUUUUAUUGUUUUUAUUACCUAUUAUUUUCUUACUGUAGAAAAUGGAAUUAUAAUUAUUGUGUCAUGAAAUUAACUGACUUUGACCAAUUGUUCAGACCAAUUUUGCUGCCUACCUGCAAUGACUCUUUAAGUUAUAAAAUGCGAACUCGAUUUGAAAUCUUGACAUUAAUACCAUUCACUCGGUACGUUCCUGUUUGACAUUACUAUACUUUUCAUUCUGUGCAUGCAUAGAUUAAAUUCACUAUGAAACUGAUAUAAAAGUUUACGAAUAUCUGCAAACGAAUUUUCUAGCUUAGCUUUAUGAUGUAAACUAAAUGCCUUUCUUGUAGUUUGUUUUUGUAAUAAAUGAUACAGAAUCA